CAUGUGAAGAGAUCAACAGCCAAUCCAUCUUCUACCUGGACAGAGCUGACCUGUCACAGCAGGUGUCAGCUCCCUGAUCAUCUUUCCUACGUUUGGUUCAAUAACAAUAAACCUGUUGGACGAAAAAAAUACUUUCACCUCCAACACUUUAAUGCUGAAGACAGCUAUCACUGUGCUAUAGAAGGACAGGAGCGUUUCCCUUCUCCUACAGUGUAUGCUCCAAAGCCUCCCUCUGUGUCAGUGAGUCCCUCAGGUGAGAUCAUGGAGGGCAGCUCAGUGACUCUGACCUGCAGCAGUGAUGCUAACCCAGCAGCUCACUACACCUGGUACAAGGAGAACCGAGCUCUGCUUCAAGGACCAGAGGGUGUUUAUCGUCUCUCCUCCAUCAGCUCUGGGGACAGGGGGGUCUACUCCUGCAAGUCUGAGAAUCAGUACGGACGGAUCAACUCCACGUCUCUACACUUAGACGUCCAGUACGCUCCAAAGCCUCCCUCUGUGUCAGUGAGUCCCUCUGGUGAGAUCAUGGAGGGCAGCUCGGUGACUCUGACCUGCAGCAGUGAUGCUAACCCAGCAGCUAACUACACCUGGUACAAGGAGGACGAGGACUCACCAACAGCAUCAGGACAAAUCUUCACCAUCACUAAUAUCACAGCUGAACAUGGUGAAAAGUAUCAGUGUGAGGCCCAGAACACACACGGACGUAGUAAGGCCACCUUACAUCUGACUGUUGGAGCAGGGAAGUCAGUGAUAAUCAUGAAUACCAUCAGGCUGACUCUGGUGGUCGUGCUGGUUCCAGUGCUUGUCUGGACUCUGUGGACGAGGAUGAAGAAAACUCUGAGUUUGAAAUCAGAAGUGAAUGAAGCUGUGGAGAUGAUAGAGUCACACAACUGUCCUGAGUAUGAUGACAUCGCUGCUGCAGCACAGACAGAAGACACAGAGGAGCAGGAAGACCUGGUGUGAAGCAUCAGGUGCACUGUGAUUGGUUGAAAGUAUUUAGGAGGGAACAGGAAGUCUCUCUCUUUCCAUCCUUUGUUGCAGCAGCAGCAGUUUGUACAGCAUGACCUUUAGAACAAGAGUAUUGUUGUGUUGUUUCUUUUCUUUUUCUU